AGAUAACUUCUCUUCGUCCUCGAUCCCCCCUUUCCCUUGUCUUGAUUUCCUUUCGUUUCUAGUAAUUAUCUGCUGCUGGAGUUCGAUUCAUCAUUGGACUCGCACUCGCUUCUUUCUCCCCCCUUAACAUUUGUCCCGGUUCUGAUGCUUCUAAUGCAGUAGCAGAGUUUUCCUUUUACACCAUCAUCAGUUGAUGAUACCAAUGGCAAUCUUCUUUUAUAUAUAAAAAAACUUUACUCAAUAGUAUACCUUUCGCAUAAUUAGUUUGUCAUGUUGUUCACUGCUCAAUAUUUUGAGGUUUGUUGCUGCUUCCAACUUACCAUGCUCUGAAGUUUCCAAUGAAUUUUGGACCAUUCGUUUUUGUCAUUUUCCCUUGGAGCCUAAACAUCUGUUUCGGAUGCUUCCAAGGCCAAAACGGCUACCUUAUUCAAUCAACAAUGCGGUCUUGGUCUCCCCUCUUCUUGGUUUCCGUGUGCAAUCGGUCAUUAGUACUUCACUAUGAAGCAAAAGUAUGUUGGCCAGCUUUGGUUUUUUCGCGCUGUCUGUAUCUGAUGGUUUUAGAGGUUUCCAGUGCUCACACUAUUGACUAUUCCAACAUCAUGUUUUAAAACUUUCAGCUAUUUUCUAGCUUCCGGUAAUUCCUAGAUCAACCACUAUCCUUAUUUGGAUGCUUCCUUUGAAUUCUUAAUUCAGCAACAUGCAGUUCUUGGCAGUUGGCAACCUUGGUUUAUAUGUAGGUUUAUUCAGUUCGUGACAACUUUUCCUUCAUUACUGGAAGACAGCUUGUCAAACUCCCCAUUUUCUGAAUUCCGACUGUCUGUUUAAUUACUUUUCAUGCUUCCCAAAGGUUUGCAAGAUCUCCACAUUCUCUGCAAUGGCCAUUUCAAUCUAUCGAAGAGUUAGGAUAUAGUAGGUUAGUCCAAUAUGCCUAUUCUUGUGCGAGCAAAUGCGACCUCGUCCCAUUGUCUUGUUUGUCCAUUGUUUUAGGUUCCCUGUGGUUUGUUUCGUUUUCUUUAGCAUCUCAUUGAAUAAUGUUUCUCAAUUCUAAUUAUCUUAUUAGCAUGUCCAUGGCAGCAGUAGCAGCUGUGUCCCCCAUUUGGAACUUCACAUAUCUCUUUUAAACCUGUUUUGGUCAACUACCACUGUUCCAUAGGAUCGGAUUCACCGCCCUAACUCUGGAUGAAUGUCCAUCAUGUAGAUUUUUCCUUUGAGGACGGAAUACAUGCUUCAUUGUCGUCUACACCAUAUUCUUAGUGACAAAUUGUAAUUUGUUCAUCCUUGAAAUGAGCAGGCGUUCUAUUACCUGUCUUCAUUGCUUAAUGAUUCCUUUGUUUCAUGAGUUGUUCAUUUGAUGCUGGGGGCAGAAACUCUGCAGAAAUGGAUCAGAAACACAACAGAAAGAAGGAGUUUCUUUCUCUAAGAGUUCUUGGAGCAAAGGAUGGGAAUGCCUUGUCAAGGCAUGGUACAGAGUACUCCAUCAACUCCACAGUUGAUUUGAAAGAGUCCCCAAAGCAGUCAUCAGUGUCUUCCCCGUCAGCAUCAUCCUCAUCCUUCUUCAGAAGUUUUUCAGAAAGUAGAAGUCUAAAAUUCAGCAGCUUCGGUUCUCCUGCAACAAUUAGCAGUAACCACACAGAAGCUUUCAGGGUAUUUGCAGCCACAUGGAACGUAGCUGGAAAGACUCCGGACAGGGGUCUCAAUCUGAAUGAUUUCCUGCCUUCUGAUGAUUACUCAGACAUCUAUGUGUUAGGAUUCCAAGAAGUCGUCCCCCUCAACGCCGGCAACGUCCUGGUGAUCGAGGACAACGAGCCGGCGUCGAGAUGGCUUGCCCUCAUCAACCAGGCGCUGAACCGGCCUUCACCACCAUCUGACGCGUACGCCAUUUCUGAAGCUGCAGCGAGCUUCUCGUUCUGCCGGUCCGUAGACACGACGGCCUCCGGUCUCCAAACGCCCAGCUCCAGCCCUCUCGAUCCCUCGCGGUUCCACAAAUCCUCCAACAGAGAGAUCCGCCGCGCCGCCAUCACCCGCGGCCGCCGGCUCAAGACGUGCACCUGCCCGUCGGAGCGGCCUCGGAGUCGGAGGUCCUACAGGGCGCCGUGCCUGAUGGGUUGCGGCAAGAAGGCCGACGCCGUCGAGAGCGACACGACGACGUCGGACGAGGAGGACGACGAGGUCAGAACCAGCAGCUUCGCGGUGUCCGACGUGAAGAGCCCCGCGGCGGCGGUGGCGAGCCGGCGCGAGAGGUACUGCCUGGUUGCCUGCAAGCAGAUGGUGGGGCUGUUCGCGACGGUGUGGGUGAGGCGAGGGCUGGUGCCGCACGUCGGCCAUGUCCGGUUCUCCUGCGUCGGCCGCGGCAUCAUGGGCUACCUCGGCAACAAGGGUUGCAUCUCUGUGAGCAUGUCGCUGCACCAGACGAGCCUGUGCUUUGUGUGCAGCCACCUGGCGUCCGGGGAGAAGGAAGGCGACGAGCUCAGGAGGAACUCCGACGUCGUCGAGAUCCUCAAGAACACGCAGUUCCGACGGCUCUGCAAGAGAUCCGGCCGCAGGAUUCCCGAGAGAAUCCUCGAUCACGACCGUGUGAUCUGGCUCGGUGAUCUGAAUUACCGGAUCGCUCUGAGCUACUCGGAGGCCAAGAAGCUCGUCGAGGCCAGCGACUGGGGUACACUCUUCGAGAAGGAUCAGCUCAAGACUGAAAGAGAGAGUGGAGUUUUCAGAGGGUGGAGCGAGGGCAAGAUCUUCUUUGCUCCCACGUACAAGUACUCUUGGAAUUCCGACAAUUAUGCUGGUGAAGACGUCACGUCGAAGAAGAAGCGAAGAACACCAGCAUGGUGUGACCGGAUUCUCUGGUAUGGUGAAGGGAUAGUGCAGCUGUCCUACAUUCGCGGGGAGUCAAAGUUUUCAGACCAUCGUCCUGUGUGUAGUGUGUUCAUUGUCGAGGUUGCAGUUCCUGACAACAAACUCAUCAAGUUUGCAUCAGGUCCCAACAUGAAAGUUGGCGUGGAAGAACUCCUAUUUGCCCCCAAGUAGCCGAUAGCAGUACAUGGAAUGCAGCAUUGUGCUCAAGAUCAUAUACAACACACCGUAAUACUCAUUCCAAAUAUCUGGAGCACUAACUUGAAACAUUGUGUACACUACUAAUAUUAGGAGAUAUUCACGAGAGGCAAUUGCUGACCAUAGUUCUGAUGAAGUCAUGAGUACAAUUCAUAGAACUGAGUCUGCACUCAAGAAUCAAAAUUGUUCCCCUCAGCUUCAGUUUGGGAGCCCAAGGCCAAGGGCUCCCAUGAUCAUGACUCCAGAACUGAUACAAAACCUUCAAUCCAUGGACAUUAAUUUGAUUUUAAUUUGUGGGAAGAUCCAUGGACAUCAUGGUGUCAACAACUUUCAGUUUAGUCAGUCAUAUGCAUCUCUGUACUUGGUUCCGUACAUGUCAAUCAAGAUGUGAAUCCAUAGGAGCAUGAAAGGCGCUCAUUUGUUAUCAGAUAA